AUGACAGGCGGCCUAUUUGUGUUAAUUCAAUACGAGGAAGAAGGCCACAUGAGAUCUGGAAGAGGCAAAAUGACCACUGCCAUGUGGCAGCCACUGGUUCAGCCUCUUCGUUGUAGUCUCCAGUUUCUUGGAAACAUUGCAGCAGGAAAUGGAGAUUCCCAGAAUAGCAUUUGGAAGUGUGCUUUCCCAGAUCUCUUCUUGACAUGCCUAACCUACAGUGAUGACAAAAUUGUUGCCUAUUGUUGUAUGGUCCUGUUCACCUGCCUUAAUUCAGAGAAAGUGAGAGAACUACUGGAUCCUGGGAACUUGACUGUGGCUCUUCAUGUCCUGAAAGUCUACAAAGAGCAGUUGGAGUCUGAGUGGUCGUUCUUGAUUGUUACAGACCAUUUGCUGAAAUGUCCAGAGUUGGUAAAAGCCCUCUAUGCCAAACUGAGCAAUCAAGAAAGAGUUGCUUUGUUAGAGCUGAUGAUGGCGAAAGUAAGUGAGAAGAACCCAGUUACCAGUGAAGAAAUGAAUGUGUUCAUGAGUCACGCUGACUUCCUUGCAGGCUGUUUCCAAGAGAAAUGUGAGGCUGUGCUCAAGUUAACUUCUCCAGCAGAUGCAGAAGAUGAGGAAGCAUUGGUUACAAUUCGUCUUCUUGACGUUCUUUGUGAAAUGACAUCAAACAACGGACAGCUAGAACAUCUACAGGCUUUGCCUGGUUUGCUUGAAACAGCCAUAGAUACCCUGAGAUUAACUCAUCUUGCUGGGAAACAGACUGUAAAUAUUUUCACUGCCACACAUGCUAUGACAGAACAGGAAGAAAUUUCACAUCCAGCUGUGGGUUUUAAAUCUCAUCUCAUUCGUUUGAUUGGAAAUUUGUGUUACAAAAAUAAGGAAAACCAAGACAAGGUUUAUGAGUUAGAUGGCAUCCCCUUGAUCCUGGACAACUGCAGCAUUGAUGACAACAAUCCGUUUGUGAGCCAGUGGGCAGUAUAUGCUCUCCGAAAUCUCACUGAACAGAAUGAGAGAAACCAAGAGCUUAUUGCACAGAUGGAGGAGAAGGGGCUGGCAGACAAUUCUAGCCUUGAGAGUAUGGGUGUAGAGGUAGAGAAACGAGAUGACAAGUUAAUUCUGAGAUCUGUCAGGAAAAAGCCAUUGUGA